AUGAGUUGGGCUUCAGCAUUCGCCCAGAACAGGGCAGCACAGAGCGAUGCUUCGAUGAGGGCGAACGGCGAGUCCCGGCCGCGACGAGAUGACUACAACGUUUUAAGGAAGAAGAGAGACCAGCGACAGAACGACAUGCAACGGCCGAGUCGAGACGCUUUGGUGAACGACAACGACGACGACGAAUCUUUGAGGGCUUGGAAGGAGAAAGCGCAGAAGCAGAAGGUGUCGAGAUGGAGGCGGAUGUUUAGACGUCGGCGUACGACUUAA